AUGGUGCUUUUAGCAUGAAAGCGUUCAAAAUGAACGCAACUCAAACGUUCCGUCCGCAGAGUGAAAUUAACAGUUGGCAAUUUAAAACAGAAUGAGAAAGUUGAAUUGCUCCUAGUGUUCUCUCGUUCUAUCGUAUAGCGAGCAAAUGAUCAUUCUGAAGCUGUCAAGUGCUAGCAACACGCGGAUGUGUAUAUGCAACUUAACUGUCAAUGCGCGACGCGCGCUCAAACGCCUUGGUCGCGGUGUAAUAUUUAAAUCACUUGAAAAUCAACUGGACACGACAUACGCAAAUUAUCACGGAUUUUGAGGAGGAAUUGGUAUUUCGGAUAAGAGAGAUAGGGAAGACAAAUAGAGCGGACGUUCUCUGGAGUCGGCUCGGGCGCGUGGUUCGCUCGAUCCGGCUGACGCGCGACGCGUCACAGUUAUGGUUUAAGCGGCGCGUAAAAUGCUACUGAGGAAUUUCCCGUACCAAUGGGUACUGGCGUCGAUCUUCACUGUUGUGAUAGUGUACUUGCGGCUACGGAUAUGCCAGCUAGAGGAAAGCUACAGAUUAUUGCAUGAUGCCGUUGUGCAGGCGCAAAUUGACGUUAGAAAUGGGGCGCGCGGCGCCCUGGAACCAACGCGCGAUAACGGGAUUCUCGACGACGUCGUCGUGAUAUAUAACAGGGUGCCGAAGACUGCCUCCACUAGUUUCGUGGGACUAGUUUACGAUUUGUGCAAGCAGAACAAGUAUCAUGUGCUGCACAUCAACGUGACCAAUAAUAUGCACACUCUUACCCUCAGCAAUCAGGUUCAAUUUGCAAAUAACAUAUCAAACUGGGAUACUAUCAAACCAGCAUUUUACCAUGGACAUAUGGCAUUUUUAAAUUUUGAGAAAUUUGGUAUUAAACGUACACCUUUAUAUAUAAAUUUAUUAAGGAAACCUUUAGACAGAUUUGUAUCCUACUAUUACUUCCUGCGAUAUGGAGAUAACUUUAGACCUCACCUAGUAAGGAAAAAACAUGGAGAUACCAAGACAUUUGAUGAGUGCAUAAAUGUUGGUCAACCUGACUGUGAUCCGAAUAACAUGUGGCUGCAAAUUCCUUUUCUAUGUGGUCAUGAUCCAGCUUGCUGGGAAAUUGGUAAUAGCUGGGCAUUGGAAGAAGCCAAACGAAAUCUACAGAGGCAUUAUUUCUUGGUCGGCGUAACAGAAGAGUUAAAUGACUUUGUGGAGAUAUUAGAGAAUGCAUUACCGCGAUUCUUCAAAGGAGCGUAUGGUUUCUUUUUGCAUAAUAACAAGUCACAUUUGCGACAAACCACUCAAAAACUCAACCCGUUACCUGAGACAGUGGAUAAGAUUAAACAGUCGGUUGUGUGGAAGAUGGAAAACGAACUGUAUGAUUUCGCCCUAGAACACUUUCAUGCAGUGAAAAGACGACUUCUAAAUGCUUCCCCUCAAGACGCAAAUCAACGUUUUAUGUACGAAAAGAUACGGCCAAAAUAAAUCUCUACUUUUUUA